GAUACAUUUAACCAUGCAUUAGGAUUUUUACAAAUAAAGCACUAUUGAAAAUGAGGGUAGAUGUUGAAAAAAGAUUCCAUUUUGCGUGUCCCUCUCAACCCCCGGCUAUAAUUAUCCACCUUUAGCUUUCUUCUUGUAUGAGCACUCUUAUCAGCACAGUCCAAAAAGACAAAACAAGAAGCAAAAACAUGAGCGACCCAAGCGGCCAAUCCUCAACAACAGCUGUCAGAGGAGACAGCAACGGCGGUGGUAAUAGCGGCGGCGGCGGCUCGUUUGCUAGUCAGCCGCAGAGAGCAAAGGGGCCCUAGGCGGUCGUUUCAUUCCGCUCUCCUCAGGACCGCCCCUGCGAGUAGGGCAUAACUGACCAAGGAGAGACACCGGAAACACACAACAGCGGUUUCGUUAUCAAAUCCCCCCCCCCCAAGCUUGUUGGUAGAAGGAGAAGAAGAUGACGUCGGAUGAUGCCAAAGCUCUGAAGAAAGAGGAGGAUGAGGACGACAACAAGAGCUUGGGUUCAUUGGCUAGGAAGAAGCCGUCCACAAACGCCAACAAUGCAGGUUCGUCAGCUUCGAGGAAACUGAAGAAGGACGACGAUGAUGAUGAUGAUGAUGAUGAUAACAAACCCAUCAAGUCAUCUUUAUCUGGGUCUCGUCCAAAGCCUGUUAAGAAGAAGGAGAUUGAUCAAGACGACGACGACGAUGAGAAGCCUCUUUCCAAGAGGAAUUCCUCUGUUGUUGGCGUCUCAAAGGAGAAAGAGUUGAAGAAAAAGAAGAUGGAGAAAGAGAAAGAAGAAGAAGAGGCAAAGAAGAAGAAGAAGACAGUGAAAGAAGAAGGAGAAGUGAAGAAGAAGAAGGAGAAGAAAGUGUAUGAUUUGCCUGGUCAGAAGAGAGACCAACCUGACGAGAGAGAUCCACUUAGGAUUUUCUACGAGUCACUUCACAAGCAAGUCCCAACUAGCGAAAUGGCUAAGAUUUGGUUGAUGGAGUCAGGGUUGCUUCCAGCUGCAGAGGCAAAGAAAGUUCUUGAGAAGAAGUUGCAAAAGACUGGAAAGUUCAGCUCUCCAGCAAAACCUGCAGCUUCCACCCCAAGAAGCGUCUCCAAAUCAGCAGUGGCCGAGAAGAAGGAUGUUAAAAAACCAGCAUCUGAAGCUUUGUCUGGCAAAAAGAAAGGAAAUGAUUCGAAGAAGCGGAAGAAGGAUUCUGAUGAUGAUGACGAAUCUGACGAUGAUGAUUUCGUGGCUACCAGAGUCUCUAAUAAGAAGGCAAGAGCCAAGUAGUUGGAAAUUUAAAGACUCAGACAUCUCGUUCCGUGAUUGAAACAAUCUAAUUGUGUUUCGAAAUUGAAUUAUGUAAGAGUAAUGGCAGAGUUUUGUUUCUAGUCUAUUUAACUGGCUCAUUCUUCAGGGGUUCUCUUUCACCAUUGGUAACUCUAGUUAUUUUAUCAAAACCUUAAUAUGUGUGUUCCUUUGUACACUUCUAAACUCUUAUUAUAAGAGAUGUUGAUGAUGACCUUUUAUUAAAAAUGAUUUAACUUGAA